GCAAUAGCAAGCCCCAGCAUGCAGAAACAACCGUGCCCUGUAUGGAAUACACUACGCGAGGGGUCUGUGGACAAGAAGGAUGUCGCGAGACACGAUACUAUCUCGACAACGGCCUCUGGUUUUGUAGACGGGGGCAUCAGCAAGAGGGUCGACAAGUCGAAGAGGACCCCGAAGAUUUCGGGACUCAAGGAAAGGUAAAUCGCUUGAAGAAGGAUGCAACGGAGAAGGGCACCAAGCGAUAUCGUGGUCAACGAGCAUAUCGCCUUUUUCUGCAGGUAUAUCAAUUGAUUCUGUGGAAGCAGUGCUACGCUUUGAUUCAUGAACGAGGCUUCCCGUCACAAACCGAGGAGGUAGUUCGUGAUCUCUGGGCUCUUCGUCUCGAUACCUUCUCAGAGAAGCUCGCCGGGCCGGCUGAGAGCACUGGGGAUGAGCCAGAAGUCUUCAGUUCCCAGCCAUCGGCGCCUGAGACGGAAGAUGAUGAAGCAUUUAAAUUGAGCCAUAGACGAACUACAUGGCCUAGGUUGAUUGAUUCUGUUGGACUCUGCUAUUUAGGCGCUUUGUUGUUGAGGCUUCCUGUUACUAUUGCAGAUAUGCAUCGAAUGAUCAUGCGGGAGGAAAUACCAUUUAUCAGAAUAAUCAAGUCGAUUCCUCGAGAGAUGAGGGAUAAGCUACCGCAGACAUAUCUUUCAAUUCUUGAGACCAAAACAAUAACGAAGGCUGAGCAGCUGCACCAUGCCGUUAGGGAAUUGGUGUUUCUCUAUGACCGCGAAUUCGGAGUGGUAUUCCCUCCUUUGAACGCACCACUUAUACUUUUCAAAUACAUAAAGUAUCUUGCACUUCCUGUUGAGGUAUAUCCUGCGGUGAAAAGGCUACAGGGCCUUCUGGGCUUUACAUAUACUUUCCCGACGAAUGGCAAAGUCAAACGGAGAUGCCUCCAUUUACCAGAGGUUCAGAUGAUUUCCGUUAUUGUCGUCGCCACAAAAUUGUAUUUUCCUUUCGACAAUGUGAAGAGAUAUCCUACCUCAGCGAAGGAGCCGGCAGCUCAAGUCAUCGACUGGAAGGUUUGGGGACAGGCUCAGAGGCAGUUUGACAAUAGAGAGACUGCUGGUGGACGGAUAGGCAAGGGGAAUGAAAUCAUGGUUAAUGAAAAGGACGUGUUGAACAUGACCGAGAACCAAUUGGACGAAUAUAUGGACUGGUAUGAGAACAGUUGGCUCGACAGCAACAAUGCGCAAAAUCAACUAGCAGAAAUGUUCCCGCUUGGCCGAACGGGAUUGGAAAGUCAACCUUCAGCUAUUUCCCAGCCUGACAUAGAUGAUGACGAGGCGACUGCUGCAAAGUUGGAGACAGUAAUGAGCCAGAUGAAGCCUAGGAGAGCUAUCUCGGAAGAAGAUGCUUUGAAGCUUCCGGGUGAAGUCCCUCGACCUGGUUCCUCAUACCAACGUUACCGCAGAGAAUCGGAUCUUCCAGAGACCGCGAGAAUGUUUUACGAAGCAGCAGCGAAGGUGGCUGGAAUAUCUUUGCCAAAUCUUAUUAGAGCCGUGCAUCAGACAGAACUGAAGUUAGAGCGGUGGCAGGAAAGCAAGAGAAGAAUGGAAUAUUACGGGGGACUUCAAGAUGAGGAGUUUACAAAAGGCGCAGACGAUGAGAUGGAGGUGGACGAGCAAGGCGUGCAGGAUUUCUAGGGUGGUUGAUCCCUAGCAGAUGAUGCUGCUCCGAAAUAUCUGGGCGAGGAAAUUCCCUCUAGCAAUGAACCAUGAAUAUUUCUAUAGAUUCAGGCUCCUCAGAGCCAGAGUUAACUUUAUUGUUGUAAAACGAACUCCGUAAUAGUUCUUGACGGCUGGGGAUGGAAGAUUAGGUAGACAAAAGCGGAAAUUAGGGCUUAGGGUACAGGCAUGUCUCGUCCACCUUUGCUAAGCGAGAAAUCCCCAAACUGAAGACGCCUCCGCUCCGACGUACCGUCCAGCGAGAUCGUCAGCCAACAUCCACGACUAUCGCAAUCAGUACGUUUGAAAACCAUUGAAUAGCGUGUCUAUGUGCAAGAUGAACGAGCUAACGAGUGACUCGCGGUUCUUACAGUGCAGAUCUUCGUGAAGACCCUGACGGGUAAGACUAUUACCCUCGACGUCGAGUCGAGCGACACCAUCGACAACGUCAAGACAAAGAUCCAGGACAAGGAGGGCAUCCCCCCGGACCAGCAGCGUCUUAUCUUUGCUGGUAAGCAGCUCGAGGAUGGCCGUACUCUGAGCGACUACAACAUCCAGAAGGAAUCUACCCUUCACCUUGUCCUCCGUCUCCGUGGUGGUAUCAUUGAGCCCUCUCUGAAGGCUCUUGCUUCCAAGUACAACUGCGAGAAGUCCAUCUGCCGCAAGUGCUAUGCUCGUCUCCCCCCUCGUGCCACCAACUGCCGUAAGAGGAAGUGUGGCCACACCAACCAGCUGCGCCCCAAGAAGAAGCUGAAAUAAGCGAUUACUAUUUUCUUACGUUUCUGUGCAAGGUGGUACAGCCAUGGGGCGUGUAGUUAGAUUGCGGCACUUCAAGUUAAAAGGCGUUGAAAUAAUGAAAGCAUAUGGCCCAAGUCAAGUACUCUUUUUUUCUUGCUUGCUUUUGUAACUGGUUUCUUAUGAAGAAAGUUG